GCGGGGCUCUCAGCUGCAGGCAACCCGCAAUCCUUCUCAGUCUCAGGUGAGGCCCGCAGUAGCGGAACACCGAGCCAGGCCUAGGAUGUCCCCGAUGUGCAGAUAUACAGUCAGAGGGAGUGAAAGGCCCCUAGGGGCCUGAGACCCCGCCCCCAACUCAAGGACUAUGUCCUGGCCUGGCCCGAGCGGCCCGCUGCCUCCAGGGCAAGGAAAGCAGAGCAACACAGGACCUCCGGUCCAGGGUUGAGGCUCGAGUGGAUCGUGAGACCACAGAGGGACCCGCUGCCAUGAACCCCCUAGGCCUGGAGGACCUGUCUUCUGGCUCAUUGAGCUCCCUCUCCUCCCGUGGGCACCUGGGCAGCGACACUGGUUCCGCAACGCGAUACCUGAUGAGGAGGCAACAGCGGCUGUUGGACGGGCCCCCCCGGGGAAUUCGAGCCUCCUCACCCAUGGGCAGAGUCAUCCUCAUCAAUUCCCCCAUAGAAGCCAACAGUGAUGAGAGUGACAUCAUCAAUGCAGUCACUGUGGAAAAGAGCCCAGCAGGAAAGUUGGGCUUCAGUGUUCGUGGGGGCUCAGAGCAUGGCCUGGGCAUCUUUGUCAGCAAAGUGGAGGAAGGGAGCAGCGCAGAGAGAGCUGGGCUCCGAGUAGGAGACAAAAUCACAGAAGUGAAUGGGCUUAGCCUGGAGAGUACCACUAUGAGCAGUGCUGUGAAGGUGCUGACGGGGAGCAGCCGUUUGAGCAUGAUGGUGAGGCGAAUGGGCCGUGUGCCUGGGAUCAAGUUCUCUAAGGAGAAGACCACGUGCCCCUAUAUCCCCAUCCCCUCUCUCCUCAGAGAUUGCUGUUCUUUUCCUCCUGCUCUUCUUGGGCUCUUUCUUCCUGCCUGUGUCUCUUGGGUGGGCCUUUGGGUGGAUGUGGUCAAUAGAAGGCUAGUGGUGGAGAAAUGCAGUUCGACACCCUCAGACUUCAGCUCAGAUGAUGGAGUUAGGCGCAUCGUGCACCUGUACACGACCUCUGAUGACUUCUGCCUUGGUUUCAACAUCCGAGGGGGCAGAGAAUUUGGUCUGGGAAUCUAUGUCUCCAAAGUGGACCAUGGUGGACUGGCUGAAGAGAAUGGCAUCAAAGUGGGAGACCAGGUCCUGGCAGCCAAUGGAGUGAAGUUUGACCACAUCAGUCACAGCCAGGCUGUGGAGGUGCUGAAGGGCCAGACACACAUCAUGCUGACCAUAAAGGAGACAGGAAGGUAUCCAGCCUACAAGGAGAUGGUGUCUGAGUAUUGCUGGUUGGACCAAUUGAACAAUGGGCCCCUGCAGCAGCGGUCACAGACAUCGGAGAGUAGUUCAGCUGUGUCCUCCUACUCCUCCAGCACCCCCUACAGUUCUGGCUCUGGCUCCAGCUGCCUCCCCUUGGACAUGGUGGAUGUUGGCCUAUCCACAGAGGAGCUAGUCGGACCAGGGUCCAGGGGCUGGGGUCGGGCAGACACAGCCAUCCAGACUGAGCCAGAGGUCAGCGGGGUAGUGGAGACAUGGUGCAGUGUCCGGCCUACAGUUAUCCUCAGAGACACAGCCAUUCGAUCAGAUGGGCCCCUCCUUGCUCGAAGAUCUGGCUCUCGCCUUGACGCCGCGCUGUCUGAGUCCCCCAAAACAGCCCUACUCCUGGCUCUCAGCAGGCCUCGGCCCCCCAUCACUCGCUCCCAGAGCUACCUGACUUUAUGGGAGGAGAAAAAACAGCGACGGAAGGAGAAGUCGGGGUCGCCCCCAGAGAAGGGUGCCCUGCAGCGUUCCAAGACACUGAUGAACCUCUUCUUCAAGGGGGGGAAGAGUGGGCGGCCAGCAGGAGAUGGCAAGAAUGAGGCCUCAGGGCUAGAGAAUGAGAGUACCUGCAGGUUCCGGUCCCAUCUGGAAGCAGAGAAAGGGGGAUCAGGACCUGUGCAGAAGUUUGUUACCUGGAAACUGAGAAGGGUCCUAGACAGAGAGAGAGCCCACACCAUGCUCUUGCCUGGAUCAGAGGGACACUCCAGCCAACUGUCCAAUGGAGAGAACCAGAUCCAGGUGUGGGAGAGCCGUCUCCCCCUCAUACAGGACCUGGCCCGGCGCCUUCUGACCGAUGAUGAGGUCCUGGCUGUCACUCGUCACUGCACCCGGUACGUCCAUGAGGGCGGGGUGGAGGACCUGGUGAGGCCACUGCUGGCCAUCCUGGAUCGGCCAGAGAAAUUGCUGCUGCUUCGGGACAUCAGGAGUGCAGUGACCCCUGGAGACCUCAGCAAAUUUGACAGCCUAGUGAUGCCCAUGGAGCUUGAAGCAUAUGAAGCCCUCAAAAGUCGAGCAGUGAGGCCCCCAGCUCUUCGACCCACCCGGCAGGACACACCACCUAAACGCCACCUCAUCACACCGGUGCCUGACAGCCGGGGAGGUUUCUACCUGCUCCCUGUGAAUGGCUUCGCUGAGGAGGAAGAUGAAGAGGAGGUGGCGUCGGGUGCGUUGGGCGACAGGUUGGCAGGGCUGCAGGUCUCGUCGCCGGCGGACACCCAGAGUCCUCCGGCUCCGGCUGCGGCCCCUCGCCGCUCACACAAGCCCUUUCCCCCUCUGCGGGACGUUCCAGUGGAUGCCUUCUCUUGCCCCGGCCGCCGCAGCGCGUCUUCCCCGCCGCCCCCGCCCCCGGUAGCCCCCAGACCCCCGCGGCCCAAUUGGCUGCUAAGCGAGCCCCCUGGGCGGGCGCGCGAGGAUGCCCAACGCAGCCGGAGUCGAGGUCGCAGCCGCAGCCGCAGCCGUAGCCGCUGCAAGUCUCCAGGCAGCAGGCGCUCCCCAUCCCCAGCUCCCGGGAACGGGCGCUACACCAAGUCCCGCCGCUCCCGGCUUCCUCUCCCCACACCCCUACUCGGACCUAGCGAGCAGGUGGUCGCUGGAGGCACGCAGGAGCAAGAGGCGCCUCCGGACCGAGAUGGACAAGGGGAGCUCAGGACCGUCACUCUCUCCAAGCUCAGACAAUCCCUGGGAAUCAGCAUUUCUGGGGGGAUCGAGUCCAAGGUGCAGCCCAUGGUGAAGAUUGAGAAGAUCUUUCCUGGAGGGGCAGCCUUCCUUAGUGGGGCUCUGCAGGCUGGCUUUGAGCUUGUGUCUGUGGAUGGGGAGAGCCUCCAACAGGUGACUCACCAGCGAGCUGUGGACACCAUCCGCAGGGCCUAUCGAAACAAGGCUCGGGAGCCCAUGGAGAUAGUGGUCAGGGUCCCCCACUCUUGGCCUUCGGCACCUUCCACAAUCUCUUAGCCCCAGGUCACACUCCUUCAAUGACCUUCUGGUUCAGAUUCCCUGAUCCUUUCCCCAAUAAGUUAACAGAGAUCAGGGUCAUUCCCCAGCACUACCAACAGUUCCCAGAUGACCACAACCUCUUUCCUUAAUCCAUCUUAUCCUAGAGCCUCAUCUCUCUCAGAAACAGGCCAGAUUUGUGGUCAGCUUACAAACCGAACAAUGGUGCUACUAACUAGGCUUCCCUACUCCCUACACCCCAUUCCUCCCUAGUCUCAGCAAGCCUUAAGACUUGGCCUAGGGCAGGAGUCAGAUAAGCAUGAGUGUGGGAGUUAUGGGUGAGGGUUCUUCUCUGCCCUGUCUGAUCCCAGAUAGGAACCUCUAGGCCUCUUCAGAUGAGAAAGGAGCAAGGGCCAUCUCAUCCAUCCCCCUGCUUCUGGCCUUUACUUAGUUAAGGGGUAAGAAUGCAAGGGGUGAACUGCCCUGGUACCUCAGGCCCUGUAAAUUCCAUUCAAGCCAUGCUCCAUAGGGACUUCCAGGCCUUUUUCUACUGGACUUGUAGCAGGACCUCCCAAAACCAGGGUGGGAUCUAAGGAGGAGCCUGCAGCAAUGUGUAUGUCGGCAGAGUACGAACUUUCCCCUUCUCUAUAUACACUUUCAGUGUACUCAUUUUCUUAAAAACAAUUUUUUUUAAUUUUUCUUUGGGUUUGUACAAGAAAUUUACACGUGUGAAAAAUAUACAAUUUAAAAGAUGCCAUAAACUCAGGAAGGAGGGUGGGGUGAUGUUAGAGACCGGUAUAGUAACAAACACAAAUAAAUGAGAAGUCUCUGAGUUCUUC